AUGGGGAAAGGGAGGGACUGUCCACAGUGCCCCCUGCUGGACACGGCUGCUAUAGACACGCCUCCUAUAGACACGCAUCCUAUAGACACGACUCCUAUAGACACGACUCCUAUAGACACGCCUCCUAUAGACACGCCUCCUAUAGACACGCCUCCUAUAGACACGCCUCCUAUAGACACGCCUCCUAUAGACACAGCUCCUAUAGACACAGCUCCUAUAGACACGCCUCCUAUAGACACGCCUCCUAUAGACACGACUCCUAUAGACACGACUCCUAUAGACACGCCUCCUAUAGACACGCCUCCUAUAGACACGCCUCCUAUAGACACGCCUCCUAUAGACACAACUCCUAUAGACACGCCUCCUAUAGACACGCCUCCUAUAGACACGCCUCCUAUAGACACGCCUCCUACACGACCUCCUAUAGACACGCCUCCUAUAGACACAGCUCCUAUAGACACGCCUCCUAUAGACACAGCUCCUAUAGACACGCCUCCUAUAGACACGCCUCCUAUAGACACGCCUCCUAUAGACACGCCUCCUAUAGACACAGCUCCUAUAGACACGACUCCUAUAGACACGACUCCUAUAGACACGACUCCUAUAGACACGACUCCUAUAGACACGCCUCCUAUAGACACGCCUCCUAUAGACACAGCUCCUAUAGACACGCCUUCUAUAGACACGCCUCCUAUAGACACGCCUCCUAUAGACACAGCUCCUAUAGACACGCCUCCUAUAGACACGCCUCCUAUAGACACGCCUCCUAUAGACACGACUCCUAUAGACACGACUCCUAUAGACACGACUCCUAUAGACACGCCUCCUAUAGACACGCCUCCUAUAGACACGCCUCCUAUAGACACAGCUCCUAUAGACACGACUCCUAUAGACACGCCUCCUAUAGACACGCCUCCUAUAGACACGACUCCUAUAGACACGCCUCCUAUAGACACGCCUCCUAUAGACACGCCUCCUAUAGACACAGCUCCUAUAGACACGCCUUCUAUAGACACCCCUCCUAUAGACACGCCUCCUAUAGACACAGCUCCUAUAGACACGCCUCCUAUAGACACGCCUCCUAUAGACACGACUCCUAUAGACACGACUCCUAUAGACACGACUCCUAUAGACACGACUCCUAUAGACACGCCUCCUAUAGACACGCCUCCUAUAGACACGCCUCCUAUAGACACAGCUCCUAUAGACACGACACGACUCCUAUAG